UACGUUCUCCAUUACUCCCACCAUUCCUUCAGAGAAUAUCCACAGCGGAGCACCAAUCUGUCUCAGUUGGUGACGACAACCGAACGGUAUUGUUACACAGAGAAGCCGAAUAAAGUUUGCAACUGCUAAAAAAGAAGCGAAUUCGAAAUGUCGGCCAGUCAAUAUUAUCAUGUACAGUGUACACCAACGGUUUAUCCUGCUGAUCCUUUUGAUCCAGAACAAGAUGCAUCUCUCCUUCGAGCCGCCAUGAAAGGUUUUGGCACCGAUGAACAAACGAUAAUCGAUGUUCUUGCCCAUCGUGGUAUCGUACAACGACUAGAAAUAAGCGAUAAAUUUAAAACUAUGUACGGGAAAGAUCUGAUUUCCGAAUUGAAAUCAGAACUCGGCGGUAAUUUCGAAAAGGCUAUUUUAGCAUUGAUGACACCAUUACCAGAAUUCUACGCUAAAGAACUUCACGAAGCGAUUUCUGGAAUGGGAACGGAUGAAGGUGCUCUCAUCGAAGUGCUAGCGUCCCUUAGCAAUUAUGGCAUAAGAACCAUAUCCGCCGUCUAUAAAGAACUAUACGAUACAGAUUUGGAAGAAGAUCUGAAGAGUGAUACUUCUGGACAUUUUAAGAGAUUGUUAGUUUCACUUUCAUGCGCCAAUAGAGAUGAGAAUCCUGAUGUUGAUGGAGAAGCUGCAAUUCAGGAUGCUGAAAGAUUACUUGCUGCAGGAGAGGAACAAUGGGGAACAGACGAAAGUACUUUUAAUGCUAUUCUCAUUACUAAAAGUUAUCCUCAAUUACGAAAAAUUUUCGAAGAAUAUGAGCGUCUUGCUGGUCACAGUUUAGAAGAUGCUAUUAAGAGAGAAUUUUCAGGAUCUCUCGAAGACGGUUAUCUUGCAGUUGUAAAAUGUGCACGAGACAAAACUGCAUAUUUCGCGGAAAGAUUAUACAAAGCGAUGCGUGGAUUGGGCACAGAUGAUUCAACAUUGAUACGUAUAGUUGUAGCUCGAUCAGAAAUAGAUUUGGGAGAUAUUAAAGAUGCUUAUCAAAAAAUCUAUGGACAGUCGCUCGCAGGUGACAUCGAUGAUGACUGUUCAGGAGACUACAAGAGACUAUUGCUUACUCUACUUGGAUGAAAACAUUUAAUUGAACAACUUCUUUUGUUUUUAAAUCAUAUAUUAAUACCAGGAAUUUUCCUUCAUUACAUUCCGCGAAGCUAUUAUACAUAUAUAUGUUUUAACUUGAAUAUUUAUUUUAAAUUACAUCUAAAUUAUAUCAAUAAUUAGCAGGGAUUACGGUAUUAUGUUAAUUUUUUUGGUUGGACUUGUUUAAUUAUUUUAUCGUGUAUGAAUUUGCUUAUAAAAUUAUUUCGUUUGCAUCGAAAUAAACUGCUCUAAUCUCUGUGAGACUUAUUAAAUGAAAAUAAAUGAAUAAUAUGUUCCUUUCUUAUUAUUAAAAAAAAAGAUUACAUUGAAGUUCAUUAAUUUAUAAGACAAUUUAUAUGCCUAUCUAACUAAUUUUACUAAUUAAAAAUAGCUUUUACAUAAUAUGCAUGCAUAUGUGUAUUAUUCUAAAUCUGUAUAUAAAUAUAUUAUUAUUUUGCACUCGUUUAUUAACAUUGCUUUUAAUUUUUCCCACAUUCUGUUUGCAUUUACAGAGUGACUGCAGUGAAGAUUUUAAGCGGCUUCUGAUCGCGCUUUUGAAUUAAAGAAAGUUAUGGAAAGGAAUACAUGUUUACAUUAAUUUUAUUUAUAAGAAAUAUGAUAUGGGCAUCUCUAACAUAGAUGUUAAUAACAUUCGUUUAAUAUAAUUAUUGUAAUAUAUAAUAUAUACUAUAUAUUUCGUUUGCAAUAAAUUUGCAUUUCUUUUAUUUCUUUUUAUUUAUCGUGAAGUGUGAACGAGAAAACCAGUAUCUUUAUUUUCCAGAAUGAUUGCAACGCUGAGUGGAAAAGACUUCUGAUCGCAAUGUUGAAUUAGAAAUAAAAAUUUAUUUAAUUAAAAUCUUGAAACUUAUUCAAAUAAAAGUUGUGAUAAAUAAAAUGACUUUUAAUCCAAAA